AUGCUGGAGGCGCAGCAGCGGCUGCUGCUGCAGCAAAGAGAGCUGCAGCGGCAGGAGCAGCGGCUGCAGCGGGAGGAACAGCAGCAGCAGCACGAGCAGCAAGGAGAUGUGCGGCGGUCAUCCCGGCUAAUUAGUGCUGCCAGCCCUCGGAAAGCCCCCGCUGCUGCCAGCAACGGGCGCAGCAGCAACAACAGCAACAGCAGCAGCAGCAGCGAAGACGACCCUAUUGAAGACGUCGACGGCAGCAACUCUGGGCCCAGCAGCAGCAUGCGGAAGGACCGGUAG